AUGGAUAUGAAUUACUAUUCAAUAUUACAUUUAAAAAGACAUUGUACCAAAGAUGACAUACAUAAAGCAUUUGGCAAACUAGUAAAUAGUCAAAUUCAAAAUUGUUGUUUGGUUUUGUUGUGUGAAGCAUAUGAGGUAUUAUCUGACCCAUUUCGCCGAGCUAUAUAUGAUGAAUAUGGUGAAGAGGGUAUUAAAAAAGGUGUUAAUACCAAUGAAUUGUGCAUAAGUCCAUGGACUUAUCAUUGUAAUGUGAAAAGCACAUAUUCGUGAGUCUGAUAUUAUUAUAAUUCAAUGUAGGCGAAAAUUGAGUUUUCUAUUGGGAAAGUGUGGGGAGUUGGCCAAAAAUUAUGAUUUUUUUAUAGCAAACCCAACGCCCAUUGUUUUUAAAAAUUCCAAAAAUUUUCAUCAUAUAAUUUAUUAUAACAUUAGUAUAAAUAAAAUAGAGUCAGAGUAUUAUUAUAAUUACAACACUUAUAAUAUAUUCUGACUCCCUCCAGUGGCCAGUUUGAUACGAAAUACCUUGGUAUUGCUAUUUUUUUUGUAAACAGUCCUCAUCAUAAAAGACAUUAAGUGUACAGAUUUUGUAUGAAUAUUAUUUAUGUCAAAUGGUUAGUAAUUAGGCCUGUGAAGUUAAUGCAUUAAAAAACUUUAAAAUCAUGAAAAAAAACUAAAAACUCUUAACAAUGUAUUAAUAAUAUUAGAAGGGAGAAAAAUAGAUAGCUGCCCUGCUGUACAGUAGGUAUUGAGAAAGUUUACACUAUAAUGCAAAUAUUAAAUUUGAAUUCAAUCAUAAAUCAUUGAAAAUGAGAAUCAAUUUUGAGCAUAUAUGGUCAGUUGACAGUUAGCCUAUAUUACUUAAUGUAACAUCUUAUAAUAAUGAUUGAAUUAAAUGUUUGCCGAUACAUUGCAUUUUAUUAUCCAUUAUUAUUAUUAUUAUUAUUAUUAUAAGUAACCAAAAGUACCACCUAGAUUUUCUUUCCUAUCAGAAAAAAUAACUAUUGAACUUCAAAAUUGUGGUAAUUUUUAUACCUUAAAUUGUGUGCACAUAUAAAAAAAGACAUUAUUAUAAACCAUUAUAUUUAUAAUAUUACUAAAAUACUUUUAUAGCCCUAGUAAUAAUAGUA